UCGCAGCUGAAGUUGUAUUUUCACGGCGAGAGAGACAGAAAGGGAAAAGCGACCGUUUGAAGCGUCGGCGAGCAGACAUUCAGCAUCUCUCACAGACAAUGGGCACGGCUGGCUGGACCUGGGCGCUCUGAGUUACAUUUAGAGGGCACCGUGUGGUCUGCGUAGGGGACGUGGAGCAGCCGUCGCAGCCGUCGCAGCCGGAGGAGACACGAGGCUGCACCAGAAUUCACAGAAAUAAAUCAAGCCUAAAACUGACUGACCGCAUGCUGCAAAUAUCAAAUGACAAGAGGCUGCCGUUGUUAUGUUCCAAGCUCCUGUCCCGAUUUGGCUGUGAGGACAAAACAUCAGUCAGCUGCAGCCUGACCAGAGUUUAAGAUGCCCUAGACGGGGAGAAGGGAAAUGUAAAUGGCUUCCAAAGUGAAAGAUGCAGUGGUGUGGUACCAGAAAAAGAUUGGCGCCUAUGACCAGCAGAUAUGGGAGAAAUCUGUAGAGCAACGAGAAAUAAAGUUUAUUACUCUGGGUUUAAGGAACAAGCCGAAGAAGACAGGCCAUGUCAAACCAGACCUUAUAGAUGUGGACCUGGUUAGAGGCUCGGCAUUUGCCAAAGCCAAACCAGAGAGUCCGUGGACAUCCCUGACCAGGAAGGGCAUCGUCAGAGUCGUCUUCUUCCCCUUCUUCUAUCGAUGGUGGAUCCAGGUCACUUCCAGAGCCAUUUUCCUCCUGCUGCUGGCUCUCUACCUGCUGCAAGUGGCGGCAGUCAUCCUGUACGUGUCCAUCCCGCAGCCUCAUGGGAUACCGGCCACUGAGGUGUUCGGAGCCAUCUGGCUCAUGCUGCUGCUGGGCACCGUCCACUGUCAGAUCGUCUCCACCCGGACCCCGAAACCUGCCUCGAGCAGCGGGGGGAAGAGACGCAGGAAGUUGAGGAAGGCAUCUCAGAUGGAGGUGCAUAGGGAAGGCGACGGGUCUAGCACUACCGAUAACACACAGGAGGGGGCGCCACAUUCCCACUCAGCCAGCACCUCAUACAGCCUGGGCGCUCUCUUCCAAGAUUUCUGGCAUGAUAUCUGUAAAGCUGGAUCUAAGAAGUCCAAACUGUCCAUCGACAAGUCGACGGAGACAGACAACGGCUACGUGUCAUUGGACGGCCGGGUGACCAAUCGCAGCAGCGAGGAAGGGCUUCAGCUCCAUGAGCAGCGAUGCGAUUCACUAAUCAGGGCUGACGAAACGUGCUGGAAUUCGCAUGCCCCGCCCACACAAACUCACACACCCCGCAGCACUGGACUGAUGCUGGCUGGUGGUAAUAAGGAGCCGGCGUCAGAUGAGGCAUCCAGUGAGGAGGACCCUGAGGCGACCUACAGCGCCCUCCGCAGGGGAGUGGAGAGAAUGAACAGCGACUGUACGCUCCGCAACCGCAAGAACAUUCACCACUACAAGAAACACUAUGCUGUAGAGGACGUCCCGAAGUCUGGCACCAGCUGCAGCUCCAGGUGCUCCAGUCUGAGGACUCAGGACUCGGAGAGCACCCGGCAUGAGUCAGAGACAGAGGACCUGCUGUGGGAAGACUUCCUGCACUGCGCUGAGUGCAGAUCCUCCUGCACCUCUGAGACAGAGGGGGAGGGGGGAGGCACGCCCGUCUGUCCACCCGCCAAGAAGGAGUACAGAGACGACCCCUUCCACCAGGGUCACGUUCCCUGGCUGCACAGCUCCAACCCCGGCCUGGAGAGAGUCAGCGCCAUAGUGUGGGAGGGAAACGAGUGCAAGAAGGCCGACAUGUCCGUCCUGGAGAUCAGCGGCAUGAUCAUGAACAGAGUAAAUCUCUACACUCCUGGUAUUGGCUACCAGGUCUUUGGGAACUUGGUUUCAGUGACACUUGGCCUCACACCCUUCGCUUACAGGUUAGCUCAGUACCGUGACUUGGAUCAGCUGACCACGCUCUCAGCCAAUGAGCUGCUCUCGGUGGCGCUGGGGGGCGGGUCCGGCUCGGAUGCCAUGGUCAUCACCAUGGUAACACUGAGCUUUCUGGUGCGUGUUUGCCUUAUAUGGCUUUUCUUCUUCCUGCUCAGUGUGGCAGAGAGGACCUACAAGCAGAGGUUGCUGUUUGCCAAGCUGUUUGGUCACCUGACCUCGGCCCGCAGAGCCAGGAAGUCAGAAGUUCCCCAUUUCAGACUGAAGAAAGUCCAGAACAUCAAGAUGUGGCUGUCGCUACGCUCCUACCUCAAGAGACGGGGUCCUCAGCGUUCAGUGGAUGUGAUCGUGUCGUCUGCCUUCCUCCUCACUCUGUCUGUCGUCUUCAUCUGCUGUGCCCAGCUGCUCCAUGUCCAUGAAACCUUCCUGGAGUGUCACUAUAACUGGGAGCUGGUGAUCUGGUGCUCCAGUCUGUCUCUGUUCCUGCUGAGGUUCGUCACUCUGGGCUCCGAGACCAGCAAGAAGUACAGCAACACCUCCAUACUGCUCACUGAACAGAUCAACCUGUAUCUGAAGAUGGAGAAGAAGCCAAACAAGAAGGAGGAGCUGACUCUGGUCAACAACGUCUUAAAGCUGGCUACCAAACUAUUAAAGGAGCUGGAUGUCCCGUUCAGGCUGUACGGUUUGACCAUGAAUCCUCUGCUCUACAACAUCACCCAGGUGGUCAUCCUGUCUGCCGUGUCCGGAGUCAUAUCUGACCUGCUGGGUUUUAACCUGAAGCUGUGGAAGAUCAAAUCAUGACAGCGAGGAGAGAACCAGCGUCCAGCCGUCACUCACUGACCGACUGACCGGCUGGAUCGAUGGAUAAGUAACUGAACGACUGACCGGUUGUCUGACCGAUUGACUUCAUGGCUGACCGACUGAAUUACUGAUUUGUCAGUCUCGACAUAUCGGAGUGCUUUGACCUUCAACGUUGUGCAAUUCACAAACUAUUUAUUUACCCGCUCAGUGUUUUUACCUAGGUUUUAUUUCAAUUCUAGUUUGUUUCAUAUUUUGUUUUAGGAGACACAACAAAGCUAUGUUUAGCUGUGCUCAUGAAAAGUAUUACUAUUAUUAUUAUUAUUAUUAUUAUUAUUAUUAUUAUUAUUCCUGUCUACAUGACGGUUUAUGUUCUCAGCUGCAUAUGGGUCAGUUCAGUUUUCAUUUCAGAAACUGCAUCGUAAGACAGAGUAAUAAAACUUCUGAAGGUGAAUCAGUAGGUGGCUGAAAAACUGAGCUGCUGCUUGUGUUUUCUUCCAUAAAUUCAAAGUUCAAUUGAGUCACCUGACCCAUUCGCCUUUUAAACUUAAAAAAAAAAAACAAAGUUUAAUAUCUGGUGAGACCUUAAACCUGCUAAAAGAGGCAGACUUUAUGUAAGAAUGAAGUGUCAUUGGAAAAAAGUCAUUCUUUUCUUCCCUCCUGAAAAACAUAGCAGCUUGGCGUCUAAGUUUAAAUGUGUGUAAAAUUGAAUUGGCCUCUAGUGAGCAGAGAGCAUGACGUGGAGUCGCCUCAUGUUUCCCUUAGAAAACUCAAGUUAAACAGAUACUUUAUUAUUGUUCCAGUGAGGAGCCUAUCUGGUCUGACCAAGAGAAAUAACCCACUAAAAUGCAACAUGCGCCUCUGUGCCCUCAUAGAUCUCAAGUACAAUCACUGAUAUUUGACAAAUAGGAAUGUAAAGAUGAAUAUUUUCAUCUCUAUUCAUCAGAUCCCCGUCUCCAAAUGAAUUUCACUUUGAUUCAGUGACUCCAUCCCAGCUCACACAGUCACAGUCUGGCAGCUUAAUUUCCUACAACUGAACAGAGGAGAAACGCACAAAGACAUCAGCAUGAGAAGUAACAAGCGUCUGGUUUAGAGAAAAAAAAGAACACACAGGAAAAAGGACACUUUUACACUCGCUUGGUUUGAGACAUGAAUUUUUGGACAGCGAUGAAAGCGCCAGGAAACAAAUGAAAUCAGGCAUAUUCUGUUUAUCCACAAGAUGGCAUACAUAUUCAAAAGUAACAGUUUGUUUAAGCCGCUGCUUUGUCUCUCCCGUCCGUAUUGUGGUUUAUUUGUGUUGCUGUCAGAGCACACAGGCUUUAAGUUUCAUGAUUCAUAUCUCCAUGUUAUUUCCAGCAAUACAUGUCGGUCACGUAGCAGAUCAUAACGACAAGACACAGCAUGCAGCCAGAGAGUGGGCUCUGCAGGGCUGUUCUGUGGUUUGAUGCAGGUUCAUGUUGGGCUCGAGGUCUAGUCCUCGCAUGUAAAAAACAGAUCCUUACAUUUUUAAACAGAGGAUCUGUUGUUUUUUUAUCCUGCUCACAGAUCUGUUGUUUUAUCUCGGGGUUCAAGUAGAAAACCUGUAAGAUCUGAGUCGUUUCUAGAUUUUCUUUGUUUGUUGUGCGUAAAUCCAGACCUUAGAUGACUUCCUCAAACUGGGAUUGAGUCUAGGCUCGGACAAUCACCCAUUUUUAACCCCCUGUUGUCCAACCCUGGACCUGAAUCCUGCUGAAGAGUUUCAUUCCAACAUGAGAUAAACUCGGUUUAUCUAAUGUGAAGCCUAAUGUGACGACACGAUUAUUGAUAUUCAAAAUAAAUCACUCUCUUGAGCUCCUCUCUAACAAAACAGUAACAUUUUAGACGAUGUGAUCAUCAGUGUUUUGCAAAUUUUUAGCAAUGCAAAUCAGGGAUUUUUUUAUUUUCUAUUUUAAUUUUUUUGAGCUGCUCAGUUGCAGUUUGGAAUGAAAGCCUUCAACCGUAGUUUCUCUCUCUGAGACCCGAGGUCGUCGUUAACAAACACACCAGUCAUGUAAACAGCAUGUAAACCGUCGAUGUUCCUGACACACACUGCUGAGGAAGGAUGACUGAGGUCGCUCGGAGGGCACAGAUGGGCGGAGACGGAGCGUUUUGGGACAAUCUGAUUGAAGCGUUCAUGUCAGACGAGAUCAGAUCAUCCCACAAAAGCUUUUUUUUUUUAAUUUGUGAUGUGUUUUCUGUGGUGGUGAGGCCGGGGUCAGCUCUGUCACUUCAGCCGAUUCAGAGAGUAAACGUUAUGCAAAACUUAAAGAAACAAUCUCCAAGAGGUCAUUUUUAAAUUGGAAGAUGAGCGUGACCGGAUAUGAUUAACCAGUAGGUUGCUGUAUCAUGUUUAAACGGACUGAAAGGAAAGUGAGCUGACCGCUGCCUCCCACAGGUCAUUUCUACACACUGCAGCUAGACAGGCCUGACCCGAGUAAAGAUAUGCACUUUAACCAGAUAAAAGAAGAGGAAGAGAAAAAACGUUAUGUUGCAGUUCAAUGUCAAGUCUUUGUGGCUGUUUACAAAGACGAGUCUUUCUUUUGUACUUCACUUGCUUGGCAUAGUGUGUCUGUGCGUGUGCGUGUGCGUGUGCGUGUGCGUGUGCGUGUGUGUGUGUGUGUGUGUGCGUGUGUGUGCUGUCACAAGUAAUGCUAGCUCCAAACACAAAACUUUGUGUCGACAAUUUGCAUCACUUUCUGAAGUAAAUCUAACAUGGUACAUGAAGUGUUAUGAUGCCCGGUGAAAAUUGAAAAAGAUACCUAUAAGUUGAUAAGUUAGUAUUUUGCUGACUGAAACAACUAAAACACAAAAUGGCUAGCGUCAAAAUCUGUAGUUGUGUUUGAAGAAGACCAAAGUGCUUUCUUUUACUGUUUGUUUUUGUUUGUCUCUGCUGGAAAAGAAUGUAUUUGCAGCAUAUGCUUUAAAAUAUAAGAUAAUAUUUGUUUGUUUCCCUUUGGAAAUGCUUUAAAACUGUGUUCAUGUUGUUGUUGCUUAUUAUUAUUUUAAUAUAUAUAUUUUUUUCCAUUGUGUUUUUCUUUCUUGACUCAUUUGUAAAGGUGGUCCCUCACGCUCAGCUAAAAGGAGAGACACGUUUUGCUGUGUUUGUAAGGAAUAAGAGGCUCUGAGACGUUUGUAUGAAUCUAUCUAGGUAAAGGACUUGUUGUGAUUCUGUUUUCAGAGAGAGUCUGAGUAUUUACAAGUUUUUUUGUGAGCUGGUCUGUCCUCAAGGUCUAGAUUUUUAUAAGAAAAAUAAAAGAAAUGGAUGCUGA